AAAUCCACAGCAGCUUUGGCUCAGGAUGCGUUGCGUGGCAUUGUUUUCCCCAAGGAAAGUAGUGAUAGCACCUGCUUUGUGGAUACAACGAAAAAAGUACGUGGCACCUGCAAAAAUCUGGCCGAAUGUGGUUCAGCGCUAAGGCGUUGGAAGAAUCAAAAUAUACGUCCACAAACUUGUUAUUUCAAUAAAUUCGAACAUAUAGUAUGUUGCGAAAUCGAAACGAGUCCUAUAUUGGAGCCGAUCUUAUAUAUGAAACCGAUGCAGGUGAAGCGACGCAGUGAGAUGGAAUGUGAAUCUCAACAAGGUACAUUUCAUACAACUGUGGUGAAUGGCCAGCCGGCGGCACCUAAAGAAUUCCCCUACAUGGCUGCUGUGGGUUGGCUUUCCAACAAUGAUAAAGGCAAUUCCUUUUUCUACUGCGCCGGCGUAUUAAUAUCGCCGCAAUUCGUGUUGACAGCAGCGCAUUGCACGGGCUUGGGCGGACAAUCGCCUACAGUGGUACGAGUGGGCGGCACUAAUAUCACCGAUCCGAAAACACCAAAUAUACCCAUUAAGAGAAUCAUAGUGCAUCCAGGUUAUAGGAGCGGUGCAUCUUAUAAUGAUAUUGCAUUAUUAGAAUUGGCACAGGAAUCAAGAGAAACUCCAGCUUGCUUGUGGAACCAGUACGAUGUACCACAUAACAAUGUAACAGCUCUCGGUUAUGGGCACACGCAAUUUGCUGGCACCAGCUCCAAUGUUUUGCAGAAAGCCACUUUAUUUGUUGUACCCAACGACAUUUGUAUACGUUACUAUAUGCCAGAUGAGAAUAUUCUGCAGCAAGGUUUGGCCAGCACACAGAUAUGCGCUGGUGAUCAGGAAAAUCGUCGCGAUACAUGCCAGGGCGACUCUGGCGGUCCGCUAAUCAUGAAAGUCGAUCGCGACAUCACCUAUUCGUAUGUGAUUGGUAUAACCUCAUUUGGACAGGCUUGUGGCGGUGCACCACCAAGCAUCUACUCACGCGUUUCAGCGUACAUCGACUGGAUAGAGGACAUUGUAUGGCCGAUAGCACAGCUGAGUGGUUUCGGAGUGAAUGGUUAAAAUUUUGGCGUAGAGAGAGGGAGAGAGAAGAGAAAUGAUUAUAAUUAUGUAUAAAACUAAGAGAGAAUAUUUGGAAUUUUUAGAUGUAGCUUUAAGUAAAGUACAAUUUGAAAAACUGCUAUUUGUAGACGCACACCCAUCAUAACAUGUCGCCCAUUUACCGGAAGUCCGAAACAAAGUCCUUCCUAUUUGGUGUUUGGCCGAGCUUAUCCUCUAAUUUGUCUGGGCGUCCUGAUGUUAUAACAAAAAUGGAGGGACCUACAAUUUUAUGAUACCUAUGCUAACGGCAAAUACUGCUAAAUAAAAAAAAUGUUAAUUUUAGAUGUUGCUCGGCCCAGUGAUCGUACCCAGUUCAUAUGGAGUGGCAGUCCGCACCUCAAACCACUCGGCGUCCGCUCGUAGCUUAAUCUAUGGAUUAUAUUUUGCGGUCGGCUAUGGUUUAGUGCUUAGAAGUGCCCACUACCGUUCCGCAGGGCCUGGGUCCUGGGUCAAAAAAA